AUGACAAGAGGGGUCAUUUCAACACGAAAGACAACACGGCACUCUUCUCGUUUUGCUGUGAACACGACUGAGGUGCGAAAACAUGAAGGACUGGCGGAGCUUCCGUCUUUGGGUCUAGUUGGAUCGUUUGAGCUCUUGGGUUUUCAAAGAGGCGUACCCACCGACGUCGGGUAUGCUGACGAGUUGAUAAGUACCAACAAUGAAGAUUUUUCGGGACUCCAGUUGGAAAGCUCCCCAAACGCUCCGCCUGAAAACCGUCGCAUCGAUCCUGUCUUGCAAAAUGUUGAAAUACCCCUGGAGGUGCGCAAUACCGCCUUGAAGAGCAAGGAAAUCCGUGCACUCGGACUCCUCUUGACGACUUUGCGAACGCUCAUCAGCAAAUCUGUUCUGAGGAACAUAUUUUUGGUUCUAUCGUCCUACUAUAAACUUUACUCACUGUUUCGAGCCUGCGCCGUCGCAUAUGGUCUUGGAUUCCUCUUCAGCAAGGCCGACCAAGUUGCAAACCUCGCGAAUCUUCUUGUUACAACAUUGGCAAGCCUCUUCUUGGACAGCGCGAAGCAUAACAUGUAUGCUAGACUUGUGUCAGACCUGCGGCUUCCAAAUACAGUGGAGCAGAGCUUAUCUGGAUUUAUGCGAAGGGAUAAGGAAAAUCUCGACAGCUACACGCACUCAACGGUCCUCGAAAAUCUCAAAAGAUCUAUGGUGAUGGUUGUAAGGGACUACCUUGACCCCCAGAAUGUGGGAGACGCAAUAGACCAAGCCCUCGUGCCUUCGGAGCCUGCGGCUAUCCAACUCAUUGAUUUCUCUACGGAGACCAUCAGCAUGGACAAGUUUAAGGCAGAUCACCCUUUCAUAUUCCUGCCGCACCAUGUGGAGACGCCUGUUCACGUAUUUACGUCUGAGCUUCGAAAGCCUGGCACGACAUACUACAAACUUUUACGGUCGUUGCAGUCCAUAGCUCUCCCGAUAUUUCUCGGCCAGAGCACGAGCCACUGGGAUUCAGUAGUUAGUCACCAAAUACGGCCUAUCAUGGUGGAAAUGGGCGUCAAAGUGCAAGACCUAGCAAUUUCGAUGAUGAAAGCCCGGGUCCAUAAGCUGCCAAACCUGCUGGAGUGGGUAAACAGAGAUGUGGACUACAGAGCUCUGGUUGCAACCGACUGGGUUCCUUUGAUCGGCGCACUUAGCAACUGGGAGGCAAAAGAUGAGAUGUACUCUUCACAUGGGUUGAACUGGAGAGAUGCCGCCAGAAUGAAGCAGAUGUACCUCUUCUUCCUUCAACAAGCAGCUCGAAUAUCUUUUCUUCAAAGGGGGAUUGAACAGCCUGUCAUUCGGCCUGGGAAAUCCAGCUGCAUGAGCCAGUUCGUUGCUCGGCUGCAGUCUACAGGAAGCCCGCGUCUGAAGGCUAUGCUGGAUCGCGUUAAUCUACCCUACUCUUUUUUGACAUGGGAACUAGUUAACUUGUGCUUCAUCAAGGGAAAGGACUGCAGCAGACUGCCUCUGUAUUUCACGUCCUUAAAGGGAACGAAGCUGACUCUAUCAGUAAGCGAAGUGGCCGUUCCCCUGGAAUUCGAACUUCGCGAGCCGCCGAACCCGCAAACUGCAAAAAUUCUCCAGUCCUUCCCUAAGACUGUACGUCCGAUGCGAUCACCGUUCGGUUAUGCGGGCAAAGGACGCCCUCUCUCUCUUCAACCGGCAGGUCUUUUUGCGCGAAUUAGAAGGGGCCUAGUGACGAGAACAAAGGAACUACUGUCUCCGUUCUUGACUCUCAUUACUCUAGCCCGACAAGCAUGGGGUCGUCUAAUUCAGCGGCUCAAGAAAGCUCAUGGCCCGAAGAUAUCUAUGAGGAUAAAGCCUGCUAAAGAUGCACCCGAGUUCUUGACAAUAACGUUGGAAGCCACAGGCAGAGUAGUGCAGCUUGUAGGAAGGCCCUUGCAUAUGCUGCAACGCAUUGAUCCCUUUCAAUGCGAGGCCGGGAAAGAAAUGAAGUCUAAUGGGGAAAGUUUCCAGCUGACAACAGCUGGAGGGAUGCAAGGAACCAUUAAUUUUCUCCGGGAAUGGCAUCACACCAAGAAGCUCUUGCGCUCUGCUUACCCAGAAGCAAGAGAUUUGGAGAUUCAGCAGGACAUUUCCGAAUGGCACAAUCCAAGUCGCAGGAACCUCGAGAAAAUGCUGAGGCUAAAUGGUGUCGACGGAAGGCCUUUCAAGGAAUCGUGGACAGUCAUUCUCAACUGCAGUGAAACCGCUGAGAACGUCAGGUGGGAAGUUUUGGAUCUCGACGUACCAAAUCAAGAGCAGAUGGUGGUGAAAGAAUAUGUGCAAGACUUUGGAGAACUGGCGACAUUGGCGUCUGCAGUGGAAAAGGAGCUGAGUCUGGUAGCUGGCGUCGACCAUGUGCUGAAAAGAAUGCAGGAGACAUUUUUUGACCACGCAUACAAACGGAUGCUCUACAUUGAGAGCCCAGGCGCCUUUCUUCAACAGCUAAUUGACUCAGAUUCACAGCAGAUUGCUCGUGAAUUUGAGCACUGGCUACUGCAGCGACUUCAAGGCAACUCUCGGAGCAAAAGGUGCAGGCCUGCCUCAUUUUAUGGCAAGGCAUACGCGCAGUACGUCGCACUACUAGCAUACUACGAAAAGAAAGACUUAACGGCUCCGGUUCCGGACCUCGAAGAAGUCAAACGCUUCCUCCUUACUGCAAGCGUGCCCAAGGGUCACUUAGUGCGCAUCCCUCGUGAAGAAGACAGUCAACACAGUGGCAUAUACAGAAUGGUUGAGCGUCUAGAUCGCUGCACUUUUCUGCUUGAAGAUGCCAACCGUUCCCAACUGGCUACCGACGCCAGUCUCCAUAUAGUGCGAAGAUUCGAGGACGGAGACCAAAUUUCACACCAGUACGUACUACGCCGGCAAUACAAGCUUAUAGAAAAGGAUGCGACUACUGGAGUUUGCAAAGUCAGAGACAGGCAUGGCUAUCAAUUUGACUUGCAUUCGGAGGAAACAACACCAAUAACGAUUGGCCAAUUUGCCUAUCAAAGCAGCAAGCUCUCAAAGGGUACCUGGGUCUUAUCUGACUCCAAAGCGGCUUAUAAUACUGUUAUUGAGCUGAAGAUCAAUUACCUGACGGAGUUUGAAGUCGAGCAGAGCAUUGUACAGGACUGCUACACAGGCAUUGCCUGCAUCAUCAGAGACGACCGGGACUUGCCAAUUAUGGUGCACUAUGCCAUUCCAGAACUGGCGACAUCCGCCUGGACAGGUCCUUGGUUAUGGUUGUUCCUCAACGGCCUGCACGCCGAAUACCUCAGUAUUAUCUCAAGCCAACUGUUCGUAAGGCGAAGCCGCGAGACAAACGCUUCCGUCCCAAACAGGUGCUUUGCAUCUUUGGAGAACUUCGAAGCGUUCUUUCCUGGUGCAUCGAGCGGAAGCGAACUUGCUCCAACAAAUUCUGCGCAGUUGUCGUUUUUCCAACAAACGGAACAGAUUGUCUCAAAGACGGCGUACGCAGCUUACCUGCUUCGCAAAGAAAGAGAGGAGUCCGCAAUUUCUGGAGUUAAGCAGCACUUCAGGAACAGGACGUGUGGCCCCCUUUGCGCGGCCUGGUGGCUGAAGGCAAACGAACUCAAGUCCAUGGUGAGACGCUUUUCUGAAGCAGGACAACCGCCCUUGACCCCCCAACAUGAGCAGUUUAUCCUCGCCAAAGCGCUUUCAACCACUCCUCUUGGGGAAUACUGGACAAGUCGCAUCUGUACAUUUCAAAAAAGCUUCCGAAAACUCUUCACCCUCCUGCGUCUUCCGUAUGAGCAAGAAGCUACGGUCCCCUGCUCAAAGAUGUCCGCCAUCAUAAUCUUAGCCACAAUAAUGAGUGACAUUACUCUCCUGAUUAGACGGCGAGCAGUCACUACUGGGAAGCAGCGUGUUAAAAACAUGGAGGAGCUACUCCGUUUUCUUAAAGACAAUCAUGUCCCUGUACCGUGCACGUAUGAACUACCUGACGCGGCCGACCUCCUAAAUCCCACUGUUCCACCAGAUUCCGAGGAAUGCAUGCGAAGGGAUAUCGCCGCAAAUGCUUUCAUGCGCAUGAAGUCGCUUAUUGACGCCGCACACGUGCAGGUAGAUGACGUGAUCCAGGAAAUUCGAAAGAGAUUUACUGCGACGCUAUAUUCACGGCUUUCCCCACGCUUUGUUUCAACUAGUUCGGAAGAGUACCGCCAUCAGGCAGCUGAGUUUAGAGAUGUUGAUGAAGAAGUCGAUGACUUGUUCGCUGCGCUUUACCAUAGCAACAUACAGGACCAAAGUGGUUUCAGGCAGGAGAGGACCAUCUUACUUUUCACAGGGCUCUUCCUCAUUCAAAUAUCAGCUAGAGGGACUUCUUUUUCUAACUCGGUUAUUCAGUUUGUCCUGGAAGACGGGAAGGCCGAGGAAAGCUUAAAGGAGACUGCAUGGCCUCUCCUUGGUUUGCUUCUGCGCCAAACGGUUUUGGUGCAAAGUGACCCUGCAGCCACGUAUGAACUGCAGUGUGAUGCACUCAAGAACCUCCGCUGGGGACUGAAGAAGCUGGGACUGGGAAGCGGAGAAAAAACAAUUCAGCAGGUAGUGCAACUGUUUUUGGAAGACGCAAACUUCGCCGAAGUGGCAUCUUUCCUGCCUCCGCCGGUGGAAGGAUUUGAUACUCACGCUGUGCCUGUGGGCUUCCUUCGGUUCCAAUCCGGCCAAACCCCUUACUCAGUGCUAGUGACGCCGAGCGGAGACGCCUUGUUCGGCAGCAUUUCUGAGCGUGUAGAGAGAUCCGGAGCGCAGAAAAGAGGUAGUCGGUCUCUUGUUUCAGUAAGAGUCUCUGAAGGGAUUCUCUAUGUGGAAGACGCAGUCUCCGAAGAAAUUUACAGAUUCGACGAGCCAACAGGCGAGUUGACUCCAGAGCGGGCCGAGUUAUCUUAG